AUGCGUUCGAUUGAAGAUCAAUCCGAAGAUCAAGAGGAACUGCCCCAAUUACCUAAUCUUAGAUUAGCACAGAAAAUGCGACAUCAUUGUGAAGAGAUCGCUCUUGAAAAAGACGAAUUUGUUCCUGUGUACAAGCUUUUUAUGGACGAGACUUUGAGGCUAGACAAGGAAAUGAUUGUCCGAAAAUGCCUCAAAGACGAUCAGAACUGUGAAUCAAUGUAUACUCUGAAGGACCGACGAGAAAAAGUACUUUUGGUGAUGGGAGCUACUGGAGGUGGGAAGAACACUCUAAUCAAUGGCAUGAUCAACUUCAUCAUGGAAGUUGAAUGGAAGGACGACUUUCGAUUCAAGUUAGUAACCGAGAAAGUUACUUCUCAACAUGAAAGUGUAACAAAAGAAAUUACUGCCUACACUAUCCAUCCAUUAAAAGGUUCUAACAUCCCUUACACUUUUACAAUCAUCGACACUCCUGGUUUUGGCGACACCAGAGGAUUGAACCGAGAUGUAAGCAUCACCAACCACGUCCGAGAAUUUUUUUCUUCGAAGCCUCCUAAUGGAAUUGAUCAUCUAGAUGGGAUUGGGUUCGUUACACAGGCUUCGCAAGCUCGCCUUACUCCAACACAGAAAUACAUUUUUGAUUCUAUUCUGUCCAUCUUUGGAAAGGAUGUUCAAAACAAUUUUUUCAUGAUGUGCACUUUUGCAGAUGGAAAAAGCCCUCCUGUUUUAGAUGCUAUCAGAGAAGCUAAGAUAUCCUAUCAGGGCUACUUUAAAUUCAAUAAUUCAGCUCUCUUCGCCAAGAAUACAAAUGCAUUGAACUUCGACGAAAUCUUCUGGGAAAUGGGUCGUGAAUCAUUCAAGAAUUUCUUUGAAAAGUUCGCGAAGGCCGAAAGCGUCAGUCUCCAGCUUACAAAUGAGGUUUUGAAAGAAAGAGAACGUUUGGAGGUCCUUAUAGAAGGUCUCAACCCCCAAAUAAAGCAGGGACUCGCAAAACUUGAAACAAUGAGACAAGAGAAGCUAUUUUUGCAGCAACAUGAAGCAGAAAUUGAACAUAGCAAGGAGUUUGAGUUUUAUGUUCCAGUCCUGAAAGCAGAAGAAUUCCCCCUCAAAGAUACUGGAAAACACACCACUACCUGCCUGACAUGCAAUACUACCUGCCACGAAGAUUGCAAAAUUGCAGACAAUGAGAGGAAGGCACAGUGUGUCGCUAUGGACGCGGGAGGGAACUGUAGAGUAUGCUGUGGAAAAUGUAGCUGGGAAAAACAUAAGAAUGUGCCAGACUUGAUUAAAUACCAUACGGUCAAAGAGAAAAGAAAAUCUCGCGACUUGAAGGAAAAGUACGACAAAGCCGUUUCAGGGAAGUCCAAAGUAGAAGGCAUGCUCAUCCAAUUGGAAAAGUGUCUGCAACAAUUAAGGAUCGACGUGUUAUCCGACAUGUACAAAUUAAGGAUGUCCCUCAAACGCUUAGAUGAAAUUGCAUUAAAACCUAAUCCUCUCACAGAAUUACAGUAA